AUGUCAGCAACUUACAUCCACGGCUACGAAGCUCCGGUUCUUCGUUCCCAUACUUGGCGCAAUGCUGCCAACUCGGCCUCAUAUUUGCUGCCUUACAUAACACCCGAGAUGAGUAUUCUGGAUGUAGGCUGUGGACCAGGAACGAUAACCGUGGAUCUGGCCAGACUUGUCCCUGGAGGAAAAGUCGUAGGGCUGGAAUGCGAGUCUGCUGGAGAAAUACUGCAGCAAGCAGUUGACAGCUCAAAGGAAAAUGAUAUUCAUAAUGCAGAAUUUAUCAUUGGUGAUAUCCAUUCGCUUCCCUUUGAAGACUCAUCGUUUGAUGUCACACACGCACACCAAGUCUUGCAGCAUAUUACGGAUCCUGUUGUUGCUCUGCGGGAAAUGUGCCGCGUCACUAAACAAAAUGGAUAUAUUGCCGUGCGCUCGACUGAUUUCCGAGGCUUUUCUUGGUGGCCCGAAACAGAAGGCCUGUCUACAUGGCGGGAUUUAUAUCUUAGGAUUAUGCGUAACAAUGGUGGCACCCCAGAUUCUGGUCGACGUUUACACAUUUGGGCUCGGGAGGCCGGGUUCCCCGUUGGCAGUGGUAGGGUGGUACAAACGGUGGGCACCUGGUGUUUCUCAACGAAUGAAGAAAUUUCAUGGUGGUCUUCACUUUGGGCUGAGAGGCUUCUUGGAACAAACUUUCGCAAAUCGGCUUUAAAAGAUGGUGUCGCGACGGAGAACCAAUUGAUUGCUGCAUCUCAGGCUUGGAAGGAAUGGGGAGCAUCUCCGGACGCUUGGUUUCUUGCUUGGCAUUGCGAACUUCUGUACCAGAAGCAAUAG